AUGAUAGGUUUUGAGAUAGUGCGAGUUCCUAAAGAGUCCUCUCGCUUUCAUAGGACUGCUUUGCAUUUGGCCUGUGCCAAUGGCCAUCCAGAAGUGGUGACUCUCCUAGCAGACAGCAAAUGCCAGUUGAACCUCUGUGACACUGAAAACAGGACAGCUCUAGUGAAGGCUGUGCAAUGCCAGCAAGAGGAGUGUGCGGCUAUUCUGCUAGAGCAUGGUGCCGAUCCAAAUGUAAUGGACAUCGAUGGCAACACUGCUCUCCACUACGCUGUCCUUGGUGAAAAUAUUGGUAUAAUAGCAAAGCUGCUUUCAUACAAGGCAACUGUUGAGGCAAAAAACAAGGAUGACCUCACACCACUUUCACUUGCUAAAAGUAGAAACAAAGAGCAAAUGGUGGAAUUGUUAUUAAAUAGAAGUGCAAAAAUGAACUCACUCAUUUUUGUUGUAUGUUUUUACUUUAAAGGCGUUCAUCAGGUGAUGAAGACUUCAAGGUCUUCAAAGGAAAUAUCUCAUGACGAGUAUAAGGUCAAAGAGAAAUUUAAUUCCAUGGAUGACCUUAGUGACUUAACUCAGUCAACUGAAACAGUUUCAGAACAUGGCCCGUCACCUUACUCCAAUUAUGAGAAUUUCAUGCUGCUAAUUAAACAACUUUGCAAGGAUUGUAAAGAUUCAGAUAGCUUAUGUAAAAUCCAGAAUGCAGUUCUUUCAUAUGAAAGAUCAAUAAAACUUGGGAAAAAUCAGUGUGAAGUACUUACAAAAAAAGUGAAAACAAUGGAAAAUAGAGUUAGUGGAUUACACAAGAAGCUAUCAGAAACAAGAGAAAUAAAAUCAGAGUUAGAACAUCAAAAAGUGGAAUUGGAACAAGAACUUUGCAAUUUAAGAUUUACUAUAAAAGAAGAAAAAGAGAAGAGACAAAGAACUGAUCUAUUAUAUGAAAAAAUUAGGGAGCAAUUAAUAAAAAAAGAAGAGCAAUAUAUUAAAGAGACUGAAAUGAAUAGAGAACUUGAAACCACUCUUAGAACAUUAGAGAUGGAAUUGCAAGUUGUAAGAAAUACUUUAAGUCAGGUUGUAGAAGAGAGAAAUGAAACUCAGAGGCUACUAUCUCAAGAACAGAAUGCCAGAAAAUUGCAAGAUGAAAAUCUGUCUCAUCUCCUUUGCACACAAAAAGAGACAGAAACAGCUUGUAAGGAAAUAAAUAAUGAUAAUCUUACAGCAAAACUGGAAACUGUAUCUUCAAAAUGUAUACGUCUGGAUGAAAAAAAUAAACUUCUUCAACAGGAGUUAUUAUCUAUGAAAGCAAUAGAAAAGAAAUGUGAAAAACUAGACAAUAAAAACAAGAAGUUGAAACAAGAAGUAGUAAAGCUCAAAAGACAUAUGGAAAUGAACAUGAUAGAGUACAGCGAAGUAGGACAGUAUAAACAGAAGAUUGAAGAGCAAGCGAGACAGGACGUAGCUGACAAAUUGAAACAAGUCAAUUCAUUUUUACAGACACAAAGAGCAUCUAAAGAAGUCUCAGAGCGUUUAAUAGAGUAUCAUAAUGCUUCCAUAAGAAGUCAUUUGGAACUCAGAAAUAAAGAUCUGGAAUCAGAACUCUCAAAAAUGCAAACUUCUCUAGAUUAUAACAGAAGAGAACUGGAAAGAUAUGAGAGCCUCUAUCUAGAAGAAUUGGAAGGCAGAAAGUCAUUGGAAAGUAAACUCAAUGAGACUAACGAGAGGCUAGCAGAAGUCAGAACUGAACUUCUCCUGCAGAAACAGAAGGACAGAUCUGUGAUCAACACUCUUAAUAUGAGACCAGCCCUGGAGAUACCUUCUGUUAGAGAUCUUAAUAGUUUUGUGCCCAAUAGAAAUUCUACUCCAAGAGAAAACUUGAAGAUUCCUAUCUUGAGUCCACACACUUCAACUUAUGUGAUCAAGAUGCGGCAGGAGUUUGAAGAAACACUAACUAGAGAACUAAAAGAAGAUGCUGCUAAAUUUGAAUCUGAAUUCUAUAGAGCUUGUCCUGUAGAAUUAAUUGAUCAGUCAAAUUCCCGUCAAGAUCUACUUUUGAAAACAUCACAAGAAUAUACAGAGAUUCUGAAGAGAAAUUACAUGAUCUGAAAUAUAAAUAGUAAAAAUUUAUUUACUGAACUGUUUACAUAACAUUUGCUUCCCAUUAAAUGCAUGGCAUGAAAUCUUUAUUAAAGAAUUUUUUUGGAUCAUA